GGAUACAAUGAUUCAGCAGCCGUGACCUCAGACAUGAUAUCCGCCGCUCUGAGACACUGCAGGAUUAAGGUCCAUCCAGUGCUGCAGACAUGCAGGGGCUUACAUGGGGCUGCCGCCGCCGCCGCCGCUGGAGUAGUAGAAGGGGACAAGAAAGUGAAGACAAUAGAAGAUUUACCUGGACCCUCCCUGCUCACCGACCUCUACUGGUUCUUCAUCAGGGGGUACCUGCUGUAUACUCAUGAGCUCCAGCUGAUAUACAAGAAGCGCUAUGGAGCAUUAUGGAAAUCCACCAACAACAAGAGCUACAUGGUGAACAUCGCAGAUCCGGCCAUUUUGGAGGUUUUGUUGCGUCAGGAGGGAAAGUAUCCGACAAGGACCGAGAUCGACCACUGGAGGCUACAUCGGGAAGUGCGGAGACUUUCUUGUGGACCCUUCACAGAGCGUGGAGAGAAGUGGCAUAGUCUGAGGACCAUCCUGAACCAGAAGAUGCUAAAGCCCAAAGAAGUCAAGAGCUAUGUCGGGAGCAUCAAUGAGGUGGUCUCUGACUUCAUGACCAGACUUCAGGAGUUACGGCAGCAGAGCACAUCCGGGGACACGGUCAGCGACAUGGCCAAUGAGCUCUACAGAUUCGCUUUUGAAGGAGUGUCCUACAUCGUAUUCGAGACUCGGAUCGGCUGUCUGGAGAAGCAAAUCCCCCCCGAAACCCAGAAGUUUAUCGAUUCCAUAGCCCAGAUGUUCAGGAGUUUUGUGUUUGUGGCCUACCUGCCCCCGUGGAUGCAGCCGUUCCUCCCCUAUAUGAAGCUGUACAUGGAAGGUUGGGACAACGUGUUUGACUUUGGUAAGAAGCUGGUGGAUAAGAAGAUGGAGGAGAUCCAGUCCCGGCUGGAGAGAGCGGAGGAGGUGCAGGGAGAACACCUGACCCACCUGCUCUCCGGCGGUAAACUCAGCGUGGCGGAGGUGUACGGCAGUGUGUGCGAGCUGCUGCUGGCCGGCGUGGACACCACAUCAAACACCCUGUGCUGGUCUCUGUAUCACUUGGCACGAGAACCGCAGCUCCAGCAAACCCUGUACAAUGAAGUGAUGAAGGCCGUUCCCCUGGAGCGCAUCCCCGUAGCAGAUGAUAUCCCCCACAUGCCUUUACUGAGGGCCGUGAUCAAGGAGACCCUGAGAUUAUAUCCUGUAGUUCCAACCAACGCGAGAUUUAUCAUUGAGAAAGAGGUGGUCAUCGGAGACUACAAAUUCCCCAAAAAUUACCCCUUUAAGGCACAACAUCCCACAGUUCCAAUCCAAUAUUUGUUCUCCUCCUUGCAGACCCUCUUUAUACUGAACCAUUACGCCAUCUCCAGGGAUGAAGCCAAUUUUAAAGACCCUGAAAAGUUUUACCCACAGAGGUGGCUUCGAGACGGAGGCAUGACGCACCACCCCUUCAGUUCCAUACCCUUCGGAUACGGACUGCGGGCCUGCGUGGGGAAGCGGAUCGCAGAGCUGGAGAUGCAUUUGGCGUUAUCUCGGAUCAUCAGGACAUUUGAGGUUAAACCAGAUCUUAAGGCCAGAAAUGUAAAACCCAUCUCGCGUAUCGUCCUGGCGCCAAACAAGAAACUCAACCUGCGGUUUAUAGAGAGAAAGUCGGUCUGAGAUGAUAGUGACGCCUCAUAAGUCUUCUCAGGACCCCUCACCUCUUAUCAAAAACUAAAAGACCCCGCUUACUGUCUUCUAAGGAUGGGACCUGGCAGAGUAAUGGUGUCUGGCUCCUCCCACAUAACCCAGCCAGGCUCCUCCCACAUAACCCAGCCAGGCUCCUCCCACAUGACAAAGGCAGGCUACCCCCACAUGACAAAGCCAGGCACCUCCCAUAUGACAAAGCCAGGCUCCUCCCAUAUGACAAAGCUCAGGCCCCUCCCAUAUGACAAAGCCCAGGCCCCUUCCACAUUAUAAAGUCAGGCUCCUCCCACAUGACAAAGUCAGGCUCCUCCCAUCAGGGUCGGUGCAAGGAUUUUCUCCACCCUAGGCGAAAACUAAUUUUGCCGCAAACAGCGAGUGGUUCAGAUGUUGGCUAAUUUGCGGCAUGCAGAGCAGCGCCCAUCUCAAAAGGGAGCUCUAGGCGGCUGCCUAUUUUGCCUAUAGACAGAGCCGCCCCUGCCUCCCACAUGACUUCCCCAUUCUAUACUUUUACUGAAGAGAAUAAAAUGAACAGUUUUCACUCUCUUCCUCUGUGAUCUCAAAACUGUGGCCCUCCAGAUGUUGCAAAACUACAACUCCCAGCAUGCCAAACUGCCCACGGCUGUAGUUUUGCAAUAUCUGGAGGGCCACAGUUUGGACAACACUUUGCUACCUAAAAGUUUUUUUUGUUUUUUUUUUUUAUUAGAAAAUUUGAUUUAAAAAAAAAAAUAUUUCAGUGGACUUUGUAUAAUUAGAAUUUUUCAUCCUUUUAAUAAUUUGGGUGUUUUUUUUUUUAGCUUAAAUUUUUUUAAUUAGUUUAAAUUUUAUUUUUAUUUUUUUUUACAGAUUUUUCAGACUUUUCUUUUAAAGCUACAGCAAAAGCUACAGGGGACUCUUAUCAUUGUUCCUGCUACAUAAUGGAAAAACUAGACAAAAAAAUGCUAAUUUUUUUAAUUUUAAUUUCUGUAAUUUUAUUAUUUUGAUUUGUAAAACGAAAAUUGUGAACUUUUUUUUCAAUAAAUAAAACUGUUUAGUCUUAAAAUAAAAUAAAUA